AUGAUUGCACGAGGCUAUAUGUACCAUGUCUGUGUGGAAGGGAUCCGCCGUGACAGGCAUCUUCUCGGAGAUUUGGUCAAUACUGAUGUUCCAACGCGCACGGCUCGUGAAAUGGUGAACUACCUGCUACUUCCGUAUGAACUACUAUCGUUCAUACGGAACGAUACUAAGAAGUCGACCUUCAGCAUAGCCGCGGAAGCUCCUAAUCCUUCCCCGUUCCAGAAUCUUUCUGGUUGGUCACAACUGAUCCAUCACUUUGAACUAUAA